UUGCAGAUAGUACCAUUAGGCCUGUCAUAAGGAUGGAACUGACAGGUUCUGUGGGAGUGAACAAGGAAUGACCAGGGAACUGGUAGCGUAACUACAAAUGUAAUAGGUAGACAGUACCCAUUGGGGUAAAUUCACUUUGACAGACCUUAUUGUGGAACCCUCCUGGGUGCAUUAGGUGACAGUGAACAGUGGAAACCCGGUGGUUUUUUUGUAAGCCUAAUAUUAUUCUACUUAACUUGUGAUAGCCUUGAGCUGGAACACAAAAGAGCUGGCACUAUGUCAGGGCAGACAAUAACAGAUCGCCUAACAGCUGCUCGAUAUAGCCUGGCUGGGCAGGGGCUUGCAAAAUCUGUCUGUAAAGCCACAACUGAGGAGGUGAUUGGACCAAAGAAGAAACAUCUUGACUAUCUGCUUGCCUGCACGAAUGAGCCAAAUGUAUCCAUCCCCCAACUGGCCAACCUGCUCAUUGAGAGGACACAAAACUCAAACUGGGUUGUGGUCUUCAAAGCCCUCAUCUCAGUGCAUCAUCUUAUGUGCUAUGGGAAUGAGAGGUUCACACAAUACCUGGCAUCUAGCAAUUGCAGCUUCCAGCUUGGCAACUUCCUCGAUAAGAGCGGUGUGGCAGGCUAUGAUAUGUCCACCUUCAUCCGCCGUUAUGCCAAAUACCUCAAUGAGAAGGCUUUAUCCUACAGAACUGUGGCCUUUGAUUUCUGCAAAGUGAAGCGAGGGAAAGAGGAUGGGACGCUUCGGACAAUGCCAUCAGAGAAGCUUCUGAAGACUUUACCCAUACUCCAAAGCCAGCUAGAUGCCCUUUUGGAGUUUGAUUGUACUGCCAAUGAACUGACCAAUGGUGUCAUCAAUACAGCCUUCAUGCUUCUCUUCCGUGACCUCAUCCGGCUAUUUGCCUGCUAUAAUGAUGGCAUCAUCAACCUACUAGGCAGUGCUGUUGGACACAGUGUCCGGGCCAAACGCGGUAUUGAUGUCAGCGAUGGAAUUGGCUGCCUUCUUCUCGAUUCGGAAGUCAUAAAGAAGAAGCAGGCGAACUUGCUCCUUAGGGACCUUUUCCUCAUUUCAGAGAAAUAUUUUGACAUGAACAAGAAACAGUGCAGGGAUGCUCUGGAGCUGUACAAGAGGUUCCUCAUCCGCAUGGACAAGGUGGCUGAAUUCCUUAAAGUGGCUGAGAAAGUGGGCAUGGAUCAGAGUGAUAUUCCAAAUCUGGCCCAGGCUCCAAGCAGUUUGCUGGAUGCAUUGGAGCAGCAUUUGGCUGCACUUGAAGGCAGGAAGCACACUCCUUCAUCAUCCAUUCAACCCAGAGCAAGUGUGCAAAACGCAGUCUCCAUCCUUUCUUCGACCAGUUCUGCCCUGUCAGCUGCUGCAGCCAAUGGUCACAUUGAUGAGACCCUCAAAAGGCAGGCCCUGGCUGAUGAGGAGGCUGCCUUUGAACAACUGAAGCAAUCAGCAAAGCAAACAAAUCCAUUCUUGGAAAGCCCAACAGCGGCAACUGUCCCAUUGGAAAUUGGGAAGACAACUGCUGCUUCAGACAACAUUAUCGAUCUCCUUGCAUCUCCCACCUCUUCCAUCCCUCCACAUGCCAAUAUCAUCACUUCCCUACCACAGGGCAAGGCAUCAGAUGACCUGCUGCAGCUGUCUGGGAAUCCAUUUGCAGACAUUCUGGCCUCAGCUUCAUCCCCUGCCCCAUUGGGGAUGCCAGGACCCAACAUUGCUGCUCCCACUCCUAUCACAAUGAUGAUGCCUCAAUCUAUGCCAGGCUUGGCACCAGCUAGUGUGUCUCUUACAAACAACAUCUGGAAUACUCCCAAUGGGUUUGAUGCAUUUGGGAACAUGCUGAAACCGACACCAGCUGCUGGCCAGCCGUCGGGGGUCCCAAUGCCAUCAAAACCCCAACCUCAGAAGUCUGCAAAUCUGAAGGGUGAUCUGGAUACAGCUUUGGCAUCCCUUGCUGAGAACCUCACCAUCCAGUCACAGGCCCAGAACAAAUCAGUGAACUGGAACAGCCCAAAGAACACAGGAGGAAAGAGUCCUUCAACAGGAAUGUGGAACCAGCAACCUCAGGUGACUCCAGCCAUGGCUGCUCCUUUCAGACCCAUGGGUAGUGGAGGAAUGAUGGGUGGAGGUCAGAUAGGCAUGGGAACUGGAAUAACACCACCAAUGAUGCCCAUGAUGGGAGGCAACCCUGCUCCAGCCAUGCUGCCAUCCAAUCAGAAUGCAACUCAGCUUGAUCCCUUUGGUGCCCUGUGAACAGUUCUUUUCCAGGGAACAGAGUGGAGCUGGUUGGAGCUGGACCCAUCAUCAUUGUCAUCAGUGUUUAGCUUAUCAAACUGCCGUCUUGUACCUUGGUCAAGUCCGUACUCGCCUGGCAAUAUAUUGAAAUGUUGUGUGGUCUCUGUCUUCAUAGACUAGACUGGACAGAGACUUUCAUCAUUCCAUGCACCUCCUCCUCCUCUCCUUGUUAUCAUUACAUCAACUAUCAAUUUUUUAAUUACAUCUUUGUGAUAUGAAUACUUUACAAGUAGAAAUAUUAGAUCAAUAGAGAAUGAGGUAGUCAUAGACCUCUUCCACUCCUCUUCAAAGUUAUUUGUGUGUAUAUAGCCAAAGCAUGGAAUUUUGUUUUUGUGGUCGUCUAGCAACUUUACUUUCCAGUGCUGUGCCUAUUUCUUGCUGAGAUAUUUAUAUAGAGCACUAUAAAUUAUGUGUGCAUGUGUGUGAGAACGGCCUUCUAUGAGCAUAAUGUUCUGUGCUAAUAAUUCAUAGCAGCUCUGUAUGGAUGAACAGGGCCAGGCUUUGCUUUAUUUUUAUUUUUAUGUUCUUUUUGCCAUUACCAAGCUAGCUUGAAAAAUCCAAUCCAGGGUGGAUAGCAAAUGAAGACGCUCCCACAUAUCGGAUCGUGAGUGUGACACUGACUUGUUUGAACGACAACACAUUCCAGUUACUCCCUUGCUUUGCAUGAAGGAGAACUGCUCUGAGAUCUGAUGUGUGAAAUCUCAGAGCUUGGGACAAUAGUGAAAAGCAUGCAUCAUGUUCUACAGUGGAAAAAUUUAAAGGAGCAAGAAAUCCUAUGCACCUCUUUUUUCCUAUCGGGAAGAUGUUUUAGCUCCAUCUUAUUUGUUUUUGGCCUUUUUAUUAGAUUGUGAAUAAAGAUGUUGGGUGAUGAUAGA